AUGUUCGAAGCCUACCCGGAAUUCAGCCCGGACAAUACGCAACUGAGAUGGACUGAAGCACAAUUUACACUAGAAGUCACACCCCAAAAUGAGAGUCCUCGACAUAUUCAGUUCUUUUAUCCUAGAGGUGCAAAGAUGAGAGUCUUCGGCAUGCCUCCGUCAGGCCUAUUGACUGGAGACACAUCUUCUUCCACGUCUUUCGAUAGAGCAACCAAACUGAUAAAACAGUGUGAAGAUGGUCACUCGAACUGCAACUCUGGGCGAAACGUCCCACUUCCCAAAAGACUCCUUCACGUAGCUAAAAUCAGCAACUCUAACGCUGAUGUUGGGAUAAAACUUGUGACGACUGAAGGCAAGACUGGAACAUACGCUUGCCUUUCUCAUUGCUGGGGUGAUCCGACGCUGAUCCAUACAAAAACAUUAUCAUCCACCAUCGACGAGUAUUUCGACUUUAUUCCAUGGACAAAACUGCCCAAGACGUUUCAAGAUGCUGUCAUCCUAUGCCGAAAAUUCUGCAUCGAAUAUCUAUGGAUCGAUUCUCUUUGCAUCAUCCAGGAUUCUCGCAGUGACUGGGAAGUAGAAUCUACCAAGAUGGGCAACAUAUAUCGAAAUAGCUACAUCACCAUAGCUGCAUCCGCAUCCCCCGGCUCCUUUGGCGGAUGUUUCUCCAAGACGAGACCGGAUCACUGCAUCGUCAUAAAAGAACCAGAACAACCAGAUCACUUCCCUCUCUUCAGUCGCGCAUGGGUGUACCAAGAACGAAUGCUCUCUCGCCGCCUUCUCUACUGCAAUAAAUCCGAGUUCCAAGUCGGAUGCCAGGAAACACUCCAAUGCGAAUGCGGCUCCGGCCAGAUAGCCCCCCAUUUCUCGCCCGCCCCGAGAGGUUUGAAUGUUGCGAGUCUCAAGGGGCCGGCGAGUUUGAAGCCAGACGAGCAUGGCGGCGGCCUUGUCGGUCAGGAUUUUACCAGUCUUCUGUACCGAAAUUGGAUGGAAGUCGUCGAAACAUAUGCAAAGCUCAAUCUGACCAAGGGAUCCGACAAACUUCCUGCGCUCUCCGCGACGGCUAGGAUUCUUGCUGAAAACAUGGGAGAUGGGUAUUUGGCGGGCAUCUGGCGCAGUACCUUGAUGGAGGGUUUACUCUGGUAUGUAAGAGCACCGCUCUCAAAGCAUCGACCAAGGGGCGAAGACUGGAGAGCGCCAUCCUGGUCAUGGGCAAGCAUCGAUUCACCAUCCGGGCUGGGCUUCAUCGCUCCAGCAACAAGAUUCUCAAAAUCAUUUGAAGGAAAAAUCGAAGCUGCAGAAUGUGUCGUGGCCGGGCAAGAUGAUUAUGGCCAAGUGACUUCUGGCUUCAUCCGCCUCAAGGCAUCCCUAGGACGCACAUUCUGGCGUAUUCGCUGUCGAGGGUGCACCACACCGGCCGGUAGGAAAGGCAAGGCCGGCUUCCCCCGCGCAGAUUAUACUCUUUAUACGAAUGAAACGUUUCCAUUACCAGCAAAAGGUUGGGUGCCUUGCGAAUUCAGGGAGCCACGGCUGGAUGUUAUGGGUGCAAGUCUUGGCUUCUUUGCUGAUGCACUGAUUGACGACAUGACCCGAUACGGCUUCUUUUCGUGCAUUGGUAAAGGGUCGUGUAAGCUGGCCCCAUGCUAUCUGCUAUAUGUUCAUCGUUUUGAAGGACGAGGUGGUGGAGUACGAAAGGCGAAAACUGGCGAAAGGGGAAUUGAUGCAGAUGCUUUUCUGGUGUUGGCAGAAGUAAAGGGCCAGCCUGAUACCUUUGAAAGAAUAGGGCUGUUGACGAUUACACACAUUGCGCAGGCGAAGAGGGAGGAGUGGUUCCAAAACGUCUGGUCAGCGAUCUUGGAACCAGAAAAGAGGGUUACACUCAUCUAG